AGAUCCUUGCAUGUCUCAAAUGCUACUAAGGGUCAUUCGUAUAUAAAUAUGAGAUAGAAAGUCAACUUCCUUCUGUAGCCAAAUGCAUUUCUACAGAAAUCAAUAACGGACUAUAAAGCUCCAAAAAAGUCCCUCUCUGCGUCAAAAUUAUUUCUAUCAAUCGAGUUGAGAAGGAGACCACACAGUUUAACAUACCUCGCCUAUCGCUCUCCAUUCCAAAGACCACAACUUGCUACCUAUACGGAAGACUCCUUACAUACAGACAUACUUAAAAUGCUCAGUGUGAGGUCUGGAUUUGUGUUUGUCUGUCUGUUGGUCGUUGGUGUGGAAUCCUAUUGGUACCAGUACCUUGGCAGUGGACCGUACUUUAACAAAAACUGGAAGCAGCAUCGCAGAAGUCUGAGUUGUGCCGAAAGCGAAGAAUCUUGCCGACGCUCGAGCGAAUGCUGCGACACUAAAGACGUGUGUGUAAGAGACAGACAACAAGGUGGAAUCUGCAGGAAUAUAGAGAAUGCAAAGUUGAAUCCCGAGGCUCUCAAACCUAUAGGAACCCAGUGUUCGGACAGUGCGGAGUGCGGCGUCGGUCUUUGUUGUAGAGGCGUCUUCCUGUUCCGGUUUGGAAAGGUCAAUCGAUGUCAAAGAAGUGAUGGCCCUUUUAUGUGCAUUGCUAGUGAAUCAUUCGAGUACUAGAUUUUAAUUUUUUUUUCUGAAGCAUUUCCAAGUCACGCACAUGUUUCAUCAUUCACACUUUAACCUGUUGCAAAUGCGCGGCAUUCAAUUUGUCUGUACCACUUGUUGUGUUAUAGGACCGACGACAUAAAAAUUAAGUACAUGUAGUCAAUGCUUAAAUUUUAUGCGAUGACACAUAUUAAAUGAAAAUACCCUUUGUCUAAAGAGAAUUUAUGUACUGUUUUAACGACCCCGUGUAACGAUGACAAACAUGACUUUUGUAAGGAUUUUUUUUGGUAUACUUUUAAUUAACCAUUGAUCAAAUGAAAUACAUAUAUACUAGAAGGAAAGAAAUGGCCAACUCAACAGGAAGUUACGGAGUAUUUUUUGUGGAUUUGGUAGAUGGCGCUGUGGCUGUCGUCGGUGUUGUAUCAACUAUAAAAAAUUGAUUAAAUAUGUUAAGAAAUGAU